UAGUAGAGCUAGCAAUCUAUGGCUUGCAGUAGAGCAAUGGUGGCCAUCGUGGGACUCGUUAUUGCCGGACUGCUCUUCCCAGCAGCUUCGUCGUCCAUGCGGCCAGAUCAGCUUAUCACCAUGACCACCGACGGCCAGUACCAUAGUACACAUCCAGUAGUGACCAUAGCCGACGGUCUCACAGCAGACUACCACGACGUGUCAUGCCCCGAUCUGCGGGGCAUCGUGCGCACCGCCGUGGUAGAAGCCCUGCAGGGAGAUAUCACCAUCGCCGCUGACCUCCUCCGUAUGUUUUUCCACGACUGCUUUCCCCAGGGAUGCGAUGCGUCCAUUCUUCUGCUGGGAACUCCAUGGAGUGAGAUGAGAAUGCCGCCAAACCUCUCUCUAGAUAAGAGGCGGAAAGUGGCGUUCCUCAUGGAGGACAUCCGCGCCAAGGUGCACAAAGCCUGUGGACCCACCGUCUCAUGCGCCGACAUCAUGGCCCUUGCCACCCAUGACGCCGUCGUCGCGUCCGGGGGCAAACCUUACCAUGUGCCACUCGGUAGACUCGACAGCUCCCAGCCCGCGCCGCGAAGGUUCGUGGAGCAGCUCCCGCCCCCCACCUUCAGUAUUGAUCAGCUUAUCGGUGCCUUUAGUAGCCGCAGCCUUGACGAGAAAGACCUCGUGGUGCUCUCUGGCGCACACACCAUCGGUAAAGCUCGUUGUGCCACCUUCAGCGACCGUUUCACCAGUGCCGACUCCGGCGAUUUCGUCCGAAGGCUACAAGAUAACUGCACCACCGAUGUGAACCGGCGUCAGGACCUUGAUGUGACCACCCCAGAGAAGUUUGAUAACAAGUACUACAUCAACCUCAAGGAGGGGAAGGGGGUGCUCACCUCUGACGUGCAGCUCCUCCUCAACGAGAGCACCCGGGCAUACGUCAACGACUUCGCCGACAAUGAGUGGUGGUUCUGGAACCAGUUCGGCACCUCCAUGAGUAAGAUGGGGAUGCUCCAGGGACCCCAAGGGAACGUCGGCCGCAUUCGCCGACAUUGCUACUAGUCUCAUGCUUACAUCCAAGUUAGGAGGUGUUUGCUGCCUGUGCUCUGCUUGUUUCAGACGGGAUCAUGUUUUUUGCUUUCAAAUAAGAGGAGAUCACAUAGCGUAUGUUGUAGAUGACUGUUAAUCUCCAUGUAAUAAGAAAUAGCAGGCUAGCUCUACCUCUUUAUCACAUGAAUUUACUACUCAAGUACUCUAUCAGAGUCAGAGGCUGUUCGAAAUCUUAUCAAAGGUAGUUUUGUCGAUAUGAGUUUGUCUAAUUAAGACCACAAACACUUUUUCGGAUAAA